AACAAAGUAGUAGCUUUACUUCAUUAGUUGUUUGUGCUUCAAUAGUCAUCUACUCAAAACCAAACACCUUUCCCUUUGGCCUCUCCUCCUAUUAUAUCUUUUCAUCUUCAAUACCACCACUCUCAAAAAAAAAUGAGAAACUUAUUCCCCAUAUUCAUGCUAAUCACCAAUCUGGCAUUCAACAACGACAACAACAAUAAUAAUCUCAUCGGCACGAUAUGCAAAGCCACCUCUAACUACCCACUUUGUCUCACCACCCUUCAAUCCGAUCCUCGUACCUCCGAGGCCGAGGGGGCGGACCUCACCACCCUUGGCCUCGUCAUGGUAGACGCGGUAAAAUUAAAGUCCAUUGAUAUAAUGGAAAAUUUAAAAAAACUCGAAAAAUCGAACCCCGAGUUAAGACUACCUCUUAGCCAAUGUUACAUAGUGUAUUAUGCUGUUCUUCAUGCUGAUGUUACUGUUGCUGUUGAAGCUUUAAAAAGAGGUGUCCCUAAAUUUGCUGAAAAUGGAAUGGUUGAUGUUGCUGUAGAAGCAGAAACUUGUGAGUUUAGUUUUAAGUAUAAUGGAUUGGUUUCUCCAGUUUCUGAUAUGAAUAGGGAGAUUAUUGAACUCUCUUCUGUGGCUAAAUCCAUUAUCAGAAUGCUAUUAUGAGGAUAUUGACGGGAGUCUUGGUGUAAUUGGUAAAGUUGCCUCCAUCAGGAAGUCACGGGUUCGACUCUUGGAAACAACCUCUAACAAAAAUGGAGGGUAAGGCUGCGUACAAUAGACCCUUGUGGUCAGGCUCUUUCCCGGAUCAUGUACCCUUAUGGUCAGGCUCUUUCCCGGAUCGUGCAUAGCGGAAGUUUAGUGCACCGAACUCCUUUUUCUAUUAAAAGGAAAUUAAAGAACCAAAAAUAUAUGGUUAUGUUAGUUUAUUAGUGAUGUAAUAGGAUUUUUAUAUUCCUGUGUUUUUCUUUUUUUUGCUUUUUUUUUUAAUUUCAUUUGGGUGCUUGUGUGUAUAUGUGAAAAUAAGUGUGAAUUAUGUCAAACAUAAACAUAGAUUAGAAAUUACUCCUGCAUAAUUAUGUACAGGUUUUUUAUGUUUAAGUGAAUUUAUCUCUUUUAAUUUC